AUGUGGAUCGGUGUAUUAGAUGUGAAGACGAGAAGGCUGCUGUUUGCAGACGACCUAGUUUUAUUGGCAUCUUCUGAAACUGUUCUUCACUGCUCCCUAGAAAGAUUCGCAGGCGAGUACGCCGUGAGCGGCAUGCGUAUUAACGGAGAGGCAGUGGAGCAGGUGGAGAAGUUGAAGUACCUUGGAAUGGUAUUUACUAGUGAUGGAAAAUUGGAGGAAGAGAUGGACCGGCGAAUUGGAAUAGCCAGUGGCGUUCUGCGUGAACUAGCCCGACCCGUUGUGGCUAAUGCAGAGCUGAGACUGAAAACUAAACUCUCGAUAUUCAAGUCGAUCUUGAUCCCCAUUCUUACCUACGGUCAUGAAUCGUGGACCAUCACUGAAAAACUUCGAACCCGGGUCCGAGCUGCUGAAAUGGGCUUUCUUGGACGAGUCGCUGGCCUUUCGCGUCUCGACAUGGUCGAGAACAGUGACAUCCAGAAGAGCCUUGGAUUACAGCCUUUGCUUCUCUAG